UCGUCUUCCCGAACGGCUGUUGCUUUGCCGACUGAACGAUAAUCAGCAGCUCGAGGCCUGAGAGACUUGCACACCCCCCAGAUUUAUACCUUGGUUCUGCAACAUGGCGGCGUUCGGAUUGGAGUUUCUUGGUUGUCUUGUUCUGCACCACAAGAGACAUGUUCACCCUAUUCAGCAAGCGAAAUGGAGAAGGCAAGCACGCAGGGCACUGUGUAUGGUUGAGGACGCGGCACUGAUGGUCUUGAUCAUUCGUCUUGCUCGACUCACGCACGUCUACGUCUUGUCUUUUUUUCUUCUCAGUACAAGUCGCUCAGGUCAUUACCCACAUAUCCCCCCUUGUUUUCUCGUCGGUCACUGUUCUUUUCCAACCAUCACCUGCACUGCGCAUUGAGAUCGGUGUAAUAUUUGUCAUAGGCGUCAAUGAAUUACUUUUCCUUGCACG